AUGGAGUACUUGGAAAAACUUAAAGUUUAUGGUGAUCAAGUGAAAAAUGUUGUUGUCAAAUCUAUGGUUGACACAGUACUUGCUGCUCAAGGAACAAUGAAAGAUGUACUUCCAGGUAAUUUAGUCACAAGAGAAUUUGAUCUUAUUCGGCCUCUCGGAUCAGCUGGUCCUGGCCUUCUCUGGCGUAUUUAUGCUGCUUUAAAACGGACAACGAAACAAGAAGCUGCUGUAUUUGUAUUUGAGAAGCGAGUUUUGGAUAAAUAUCCGAAAAAAGAUCGUGAUUUAAUAAUAGAAACAAUGAAAAAAGGCGUUCAACAAUUAGCCAAAAUAAAACAUCCACGAAUUUUAAGUUUGCAACAUCCACUAGAAGAGUCACGAGAUUCACUAGCAUUUGCUACUGAAUCUUGUUUUGGAAGUUUAUCAAACGCAUUAGGCUUUUAUGACAAUAUGACACAACCAAUUCCGAAAGAAUUUGAAGAUUUUAAGUUAUACGAUGUUGAAAUGCGAUUUGGCUUGAGUUCAUUAUGUGAAGGAUUAACAUUUUUACAUAAUGAAGUCAAAUUACUUCACCGAAAUAUAUCACCGGAUACAAUUAUUAUCAAUUCAACUGGUGCUUGGAAACUUGCCUUUUUUGAUUGGGCUAUUCAAGGAUCAGCCGAUGGUACAAAUUAUCCAUUUCGAGAUUAUGAUUGCAAUGUGCCUGCCUUAAUCAAUCCACGCUUAGAUUAUAUGGCACCAGAAUAUGUAUUAACAAGAUCUUACGAUACACAAGCAGAUAUGUUUUCAUUAGGCGUACUAAUUUACGCAAUUUAUAAUCGUGGUAGAACGUUAAACGAUUGUCAUGAUAAUUAUUCUAAUUUUCGCAAAAUGGUUGACGAUUUAAAAUUAUUAAACACUACAAAAUUAAGUAAUAUUCCCUUGGAAGUUCGUGAACAUGUGAAAAUGUUAUUAAAUCCAAAACCUGAAUUACGUCCAGAUGCAUCUCAAUUUGUACCAUUUUUCGAUGAGGUUGGAGUGAAAACGUUAGAAUAUCUUGACUCAUUAUUUCAAGUUGAUAACCUACAACGAUCAAUGUUUUAUAAAAGUUUACCACAAGUUAUAGAAAAACUUCCAAUGCGUGUCAAUUUACAACGAAUCGCAUCAGCAUUAGAACUGGAAUUUGUAAAUCCUGACAUGGUACCAUUUGUACUACCAAACAUGUUUUUGAUUGCUGAGAAAGCUACAAAUGAAGAGUAUCAAAAGUAUAUAUUUCCAAAGUUAAAGCAAGUGUUUAAAAUUCAACGACCAGUUCAAGGCAGCGCAACAUCCGGAAGUGUUAUGCAGGUAUUAUUGGUAUUAAUGCGUAACAUGAAUUUAAUGCUAACAAAAACGCCACCUGAAGAUAUUAAACAACAUAUAUUACCCGUUGUUUACAAUGCACUUGAUGCUGAAUCUGUUCAAGUUCAAGAACUAUGUUUGGCUAUUAUUCCUUCAUUUGCUCAUUUAAUUGAUCUUCAAGCAAUGAAAUAUUCAAUAUUACCUCGGAUUAAAACCAUAUGUUACAAUACAAUUACAUUAAGUGUUAGAGUAAAUAGUUUGAUAUGUUUGGGUAAAUUAGUCGAAACGUUAGAUAAAUGGAUUAUUAUAGAUGAAGUUUUACCAUUACUGCAAUCUAUUCCAUCUCGAGAACCAGCUGUAUUAAUGGCUAUAUUAGGCAUUAUUAAAGUGGCUAUGACUUCGACAAAAGCUGGUAAUUUACCACGAGAAGUUUUAGCGACAAAAAUUGUACCAUUUUUAGUACCAAUGUCAAUCGAAACAAGUUUAAGUUUAAAUCAAUUUAAUGCUUUUAUGAUAACAAUCAAAGAGAUGCUACAAACAAUUGAAGUUGAACAACGAAAAAAAUUAGAGCAAUUAUCAUCACAAACAGCGAAUGCACCUAUUAUUCCUAUUGGUGUAGCGGUAACGAAUAACAAUGAACAAACAUCAAAUAAAUCAUCUUCUAUGAUGGAUCAAUUUAUGAUGGGUUACGGAUUUAACACCGAAAUUUCUCAGAAUCGCAGUAUGUCAGAAACAAUGUAUGGUUCAAAUUCUGAUAGACAAAAUGGAGGUUUAAAAUUUCAAGAUCAGACUACCACAGGAUCAUCUACAUCGUCGACUUCAAACACUAUCGCAGAUAAUUCGAUCUCUAAAAAGGCGUUAACGCUUGAACAGAAAGAACGUAUCAUGCGUGAAAAUGAUCAAUCAACUCGACUCAAAACACAACCAGAACUUGUAGCAGAAAAAAAAAACAUAUCACCAUCCAAAAAUAUGCCGUUAAUGUCCAUGACACCUCUAACUUCUUCCACAACUAGUUCAUCAAUUACAAAAGAUCUCACGAGUACACUAUUCGAUAGUAAUAUUUCAAAUCUUUCGUCAUCAUCAUCAACAUCAUCUAUGAAACCGAGCGCAUUUCCUAUGACAAUGACGACAUCACAAACCUUACCUUAUAUGCAACCAUUCUCAACGUCUUCUCAUCCUCCUGUUUUGACACCUGGUAUACGGCCAAUGAUUCCACAACAGCAAUCAGUUCCAAGAGAAAAACGUCCACAUUUUUCCACAACUUCAGCUAAUAGUAUGGAUUUAACAUCAAGUUUAAUGAAUAAUAUUAACUCAUUAUCGAUGAACAGUAGUAGCUCAUCAUCCUCUAUGUCAUUGAAUCAACAGAGCAUGGCAUACAGUAAUAGUGGUGGAAAUAGUUUUUCUUCAAACAUUCCUGCUAAUAAGACCUCAAAUGCAUUUUUUCCUCAACCACCAGCUCCUGGAUCAAAUGUAAUGAGGGGCCACUCCUCUCCUUCCCCAUCUAGUACAACGACACAAAAACCCAAAACAACAGCAGAUGAAAUUGCUGAUUUUUUCAAUUAA